AUGGAAAUCAUAUCCCCCCUUAAUCUCCUCACCUCCAAUGCACAUCAACAAAGCAGGAAAGCAGACCGGCUUCUGGCAACAGGGAAAUAUGAAGAGGCAAUUGCUUGCCAUAGAAAAGCUGCAGCUUAUCUCUUGGAAGCCAAGAAGCUUACACAGUCUGAGCAGGCUCAGCUGUCUCUAGAGCUGCAGCGGGAGAGUCACCUGAAGCAACAGCUCCUAAUUCAGGAAAGAUUGAAAAGAGCCAAAAGAGAAGAGAAACUAAGAACUCAACAAAAAGCAAUAGUUGCAGAGAAGGAGCUCACUGCCCACCUGCAAACAUCAUACAAAUCAUCUACCGAUGACGUCGACAGCCAAAACGCACUUGUUUCUGCAGGGCAGAAAUCCAGUUCUAACCCAGGGAAGUGUUUGCAGGGAAUCCACAGUGUCCUUGACCGAGAACCAGACUCUUUACUAUAUCUGCUGCAGAAGAGGAAGGAGCCACUGGAGCCUUACAAGGCCAACCGUGUUCCGAAAGACGACAAAACAAGACUGGAAGAGCAAGCAACCAAGAUCAAAGAUCUGAACUUGCUGGUGGACAGCCUCCUGGCCGAAAACGAGAAGCUAAAACGAGAAAACCGGAAGCUACGGGCUGAGCUGGCGCGGCUCCAGAGAAACCCUGAGAAGGACCUGGACCUGGACACGGAUUUCGUGGAGAAGUCUGAACUGUGGAGCCUGCAGCAGCCAAGAGCCAACCCAACCUCUACCUGGCAGAAGUUUGUAGCAAAUACAGGCAAGGGUACAGACAUUCCUAUACCCAACCUUCCUUCUUUAGACAUUCCCUUACCAGAACUUCCUCCCCUCGAGCUACCAGAAGAUAUACAAUCACAAAUGACAGGACUUAAAGGCUAUAUGGACAGCUAGAAGAUCAAGCGACCGAUUCUUUGGACAAUCGCAGGAAAGGGAAAACCACCUUGGCAGCAAUAUAGUAAAAGCCAUCAGGCCUUUGCAGGAGUUUACUGUAGAUGGUUGAGCAUUGGUAGACAAGUCACUGUGAAAUAUUCAACUUGAGUUCCUGAAGAUGCUACAAGAGAGUGACAGGCGAGAUCUUCAUAUAAUCCGAUUUCUUUUUUUUCUUCAAACCAAAUGAAUAACUUUUUUUUUUUCUUCCGAAAACCUUGUCUAAAAUGUAUAAUUGGUCUAUAUAAUUCCAUGAUGAUUACAAUGCUCUGUUGCACAAGGUAGUAAUUCUCUGUAUUUAACCCGUUUUCUCUCAUGCAUUCGGAAUGUAUGAAUUUUAUUAUGCACAGUGUUUUCUUUUCGAGGCAAUCCAUACACAGUUGGAUAUUUCCAUUUUGGGUAGACGGCCAUGGGGUUAAAG